CACAACGCAGCCUCGAACCGCACACAGCUCCACGCCCCCGCUGCACUGUCCCGAUGAGCGCAGCGAGCCACCUCUACUGGUCACGCGCGCCCACGAACCCCGAGGGAUCCGUCGCUCCGAAGAAGAUCAGCACCAACACCAGUUCGCCGGCGGCGGCGGUGGACGCAGACAAACCCUGGUGUCCCAUCUUUAAGUGGGGGCAGCGUGGCGGAACCGUCUACCUCACCAUCUUUGUGCCGUGCCUCAAGGGCACGGACGACGUCAGUAUCGACAUCACCGAUCGCGCCGUCGAAUUUCGAGCCGAACGGGUCGCGGAGUUUGCGGGCGGACGCUCGGCGGCGAGAUCGUACCGGCUGCAGCUGCAGCUCUUUGCAGAGGUUGACGCCUCCCGGUGCGUGCACCACUUGCGGCACGACCACGUGCGCGUCGAGCUGGCCAAGCGGCGCAACCAGCCGUGGCGAUCGCUCCAGGCGCCCGGUGUCCCCAAGAACCCAAACGAGCGGCCCGACUUCGACCACGUCGAUUCGGACGACUCGGACUCUGACUCGCAGCCCACGCCCAGACCCCGCCGCGCCACCCCACCGGAUCGGGCGAGCGGCGGGCGAGGCGGCAGGGGAGGCGUGGUGGCGCUUCUCUCAGGCUGCGUUGAGGCAGCCUCGGGCGCGCUUCGCGGCCUCACCGCGGCGGAGGCGCGGCGAGGGCCCGAGAGCGGGAGGCGGCAACCAGCAGCGGCUGACGACUCGCAAACCUCACAAUGCGUCGUGCCGCGCACAUUCGUCGGCGCGCUCCUGCUCGCCGCCGCCUCUGCGCCGGCCGUGCUCGCGCUGCAGCUCGCCGAAGCGCCGAAGCUGUACGCGCAGGUCGCCGUCCGCGUCACUCUCGGGCUCGCAUCCGCCGCCGCGACGGCGCGAGUACACCGGGCUGUGGCGCGCCGCUUCGGUCGGCAGAGCGGGCUCGCCUUCCUCACGCUGUCGCUGGUGCAGUUCCACCCUCUCUUUUACGGCUCGCGCACGCUGCCAAACACGUUUGGCGUCCUCGCCUCGUCGCUCGCCACCGCGGCGUGGCUCGAGGGGCGGCACCAGGCCGCACUCUCCACCCUGACGGGGGAGGUGCUGCUUGCAAACACGGUCGGCAACAUGAGCGCGAACUACGGCACAUCGCCCGCCGGGUGGUACUUCUACUCGGCGCUGCCGCGCGCACUCUCGCUCGCCUACCCGCUCGCGCUCGCCUCCCUGCCGCUCGUGCCGCGCGCGCGCGAGUACGUCGGCGUCGCUCUGUGCUUCGUCGCGCUCUACUCGCUGCUGCCGCACAAGGCGAUUCUGAUAGUCAUCACCUGCUUCGAGCUCGCACACGUCGAGAGAGGCUUCACGCGCGUGGCGAUGCGGCCGCCUUUCCUGCUCACCGAGCCGAAGAUCAACUUUAUAUCUGACGACUUCUGA